AUGCAAGAUUGUAUGGUUUCAGGGUACCAUGUAAAAGCCGGGACUCGGUUGAUAGUUAAUGUGUGGAAGAUUCAAAGGGAUGAGACGGUUUGGACUGAUGCAUCUGAAUUUAAACCCGAGAGGUUUAUGGGUGAAGAACAUGAACAUGUCGACUUGAGAGGACAUCAGUUUGUCCUCAUCCCAUUUGGGUCAGGUCGACGUUCUUGUCCUGGAGCCACGCUUGCGAUCCAGGUGCUUCAUUUGACUUUGGCUCGUCUUGUUCAUUCUUUUGAUCUAGGUCUUCCUGGAGGUCUCCCGAUCGACAUGACUGAGAGCCCUGGGUUGACCAUGCCAAAAAAGAAGCCAUUGCUGGCCCUCCUGACCCCACGCCUUCCAUCCGAACUCUAUGGAUAG